GGGAGGAGGGGAGGAGGAGGAGGAACGCAGGCGAGAAGGCAGUAACUUUAAAGCCAGCCCAGAACCGAGAGCUACAGCCUAGUGGUUUGCAGCGGCGGCGGCGGCGGCAGCGGCGGCGGCAGCGGUAGCGUCGUGUCUCCGGAGUGUGUGUGUGUGUCUGUGUGUGUGUGUGUGUGUGUGUGUCUGUGUGUGUUGUGUGUGUGUGAGAGAGAGAGAGAGAGAGAGAGAGAGAGCGAGUGUGUGUGCGCGCGCGCUUGUGUGAGUGAGUGUGUGUGUGUGUGAGUGUGUGUGUGUGAGUGUGUGUGUGUGUGUGUGUGUGUGCGUGCGUGCAAUCGGACUAGCAGCGCGUAGCUCUCCUCCAGCUGCUGGAAAUGUCCGAACACAAGGCAAUUGAUCCGAAGUUAUCGACGACGGACAGGGUGGUAAAAGCUGUCCCUUUUCCUCCAAGUCAUCGGCUCACAGCAAAGGAAGUGUUUGAUAAUGAUGGGAAACCUCGGGUGGAUAUCUUAAAGGCACAUCUCAUGAAGGAGGGACGGCUGGAAGAAAGUGUUGCUUUGAGAAUAAUAACAGAGGGUGCUUCAAUUCUUCGACAGGAAAAAAAUUUACUGGACAUCGAUGCUCCAGUCACAGUUUGUGGGGACAUCCAUGGACAAUUCUUUGACUUAAUGAAGCUCUUUGAAGUGGGAGGCUCUCCAGCCAACACACGAUACCUCUUCUUGGGGGACUACGUGGACAGAGGGUACUUCAGUAUUGAAUGUGUGCUGUAUUUAUGGGCCUUGAAAAUCCUUUACCCAAAAACACUGUUUUUACUUCGUGGAAAUCAUGAAUGUAGACAUUUAACAGAGUAUUUCACAUUUAAACAAGAAUGUAAAAUAAAGUAUUCAGAAAGAGUAUAUGAUGCCUGCAUGGACGCCUUUGACUGCCUUCCCUUGGCUGCCCUGAUGAACCAACAGUUCCUGUGUGUACAUGGUGGCUUGUCACCAGAGAUCAACACCUUAGAUGAUAUCAGAAAAUUAGACCGAUUCAAGGAACCACCGGCAUAUGGACCUAUGUGUGACAUCCUGUGGUCAGACCCCCUGGAAGACUUUGGAAAUGAGAAGACUCAGGAACAUUUCACUCAUAACACAGUCAGGGGUUGUUCGUACUUCUACAGUUACCCUGCUGUAUGUGAUUUCCUACAGCACAAUAACUUGUUAUCUAUACUCCGAGCCCAUGAAGCCCAAGAUGCAGGGUAUCGCAUGUAUAGGAAGAGCCAAACAACAGGCUUUCCUUCUCUAAUUACAAUCUUUUCAGCACCAAACUAUCUAGAUGUGUACAAUAACAAAGCUGCAGUAUUGAAGUAUGAGAACAAUGUCAUGAACAUCAGACAAUUCAACUGUUCUCCCCAUCCUUACUGGCUUCCAAAUUUCAUGGAUGUCUUUACCUGGUCCUUGCCAUUUGUUGGAGAAAAGGUGACAGAGAUGCUGGUAAAUGUGCUGAACAUCUGCUCAGAUGAUGAACUAGGGUCUGAAGAAGAUGGAUUUGAUGGAGCCACAGCUGCAGCCCGGAAGGAGGUUAUCAGGAACAAGAUCCGAGCAAUAGGCAAGAUGGCAAGAGUAUUCUCAGUUCUGAGAGAAGAGAGUGAGAGUGUGCUGACUCUAAAAGGCUUGACUCCUACGGGAAUGCUUCCCAGCGGGGUGCUCUCCGGAGGAAAACAAACCCUGCAGAGCGCUACUGUUGAGGCUAUUGAGGCUGAUGAAGCUAUCAAAGGAUUUUCACCGCAACAUAAGAUCACUAGCUUCGAAGAGGCCAAGGGCCUAGACCGAAUUAAUGAGCGGAUGCCUCCUCGCAGAGAUGCCAUGCCCUCUGAUGCCAACCUUAACUCCAUCAACAAGACUAUCUCUUCAGAGACUAAUGGCACUGACAGCAAUGGCAGUAAUAGCAGUAAUAUUCAGUGACCACUUCCUGUUCACUUUUCUUUUUUUUCCUUCCUUCCUUCCUUCCUUCCUUCCUUCCUUCCUUCCUUCCUUCCUUCCUUCCUUCCUUCCUUCCUUCCUUCCUUCCUUUUCUUUUCUUUUUCUUUUUUUUUUUUAGCUGCAGGGCAUGAUGGGGAUUACUGCACACCAGCAGUUGGGUAGUGUUGCCUCUGAUUGUGGCUUACUUUCUCUGGGGGGCCAGGUGUUGGAUUCAGUUUACACUAUCAGCUAGAAAAAGAGAUAGUAAACUACAUUUUGAUGAAUGUGGGGUGGGGGUAGUAAACACCUCCUUGGGAUAGGCCUUUAAAAAAAAUGCUCAUAGAAAAACAAACAAAAGAAUGCUAAGGCUGGUGUAUAUUGCAAAGUGAAGGGAAUGGACACAUUUUCCUAUUGCAUUGUGAACUUCUAGAUAGGUUAAUGAAAGGCCUCUUCUUAUGUUACUGGAUAUGAAGACUUUGUCUAAUUUCUUAUUCUAUUGUACGUUUACAGUUGCAGCACUAAAAAUGGAUGACAUCAAACAUUUUUAACAAAAUGAUGUACAAACUAAAUAAGGACUAUUUAUUGAUAAUGUUUUGCUACUCUUGUCAGACAAUGGCUAUAAACUGAAUUAGGCAGUCUUAAAAAAAAGGAAAAAAAAAAGAAUGUUACAAAUUUGUUAAAAAUGCCAAAAAAAAGAGGACAGUUUAAUUUUGUACAGAUUAUGCUUACCUCAGGUUUCUUUAGUGUGCUUGAAUGCCCUUCUUUCAAUAUUAUACUUCUCUUACUCAUUUGGCAAUGAAUAUCUUCUUUUUCCCUUUAAGUUUAAAAAAAGAAAACUGGAAUAAUUACAUCUAUCUUUUUUUGCUGUUUAUAUUUAGUUUAGUUUUUUUUUUGGUAAAUCAAAUCUUGGUUGUGGCUUGCUGAAUUUAAAUAUUUAUGAGUGGUGCAUUUUUAAGUAUAGUGAACAAGACACCAUAUUAAGUGCAGUGCAAAGCAUCUAUAUUCUGUAAAAAUCUGCCUAUGCAUGUUUUUUAAGAAAAAAAAAUGGCUAUAUAGGCCUGUAUGGGACUGUAAUGCGCUUAGUGGUCUGACUUAUACUGGAAAUGUAUGUAUAGUGGCAUACUUUAUAUUCUCUAAAAAAAUGCUUAAUGCCUUUGAAAUUUUGUAAUCACAAAAAGCUUUGACAAAAUCUAAAGGGGAGAGUAUUCUUAAAAGUUUUUAACAUAAGCUUGUCAGUGCACAUAAUAGAUGGUUAGCAUGUUUAGCAAACCUUGUGAACUUUAAAUAAGUUUGUAGUUACAUGUGAAACUAAAUGCAUGGUAACCGUUAAUGUCAUAAUGGUUUAGUCAUUUUGUUCUGUUCUGUCACGUGCCACAAAAUGUGUCAUUUUUUCACUUUUUUCCCUUUGUAUAUCAGUUAAUGGGUUACAACUGGUUCAUUCUGAAAACAACACAACAAAACAGUCCAUUGAUAUUUUUUAACAAAUGUAUAAGUGCCCAAGUAAUUCACUACAGCCUAAAGCCUUGCCUUUGUAAUUUGACUUCUGAAAUGUUGGCAAUCAAAGCAUGCACUUGUAAUGAUGAAAAAAGCAUUUUAUAUUACUACUCAAUAAAAAUGUGCAUGAACUUAAAGAACUCUC